AUGGGUUCUCAGUCCGGAUUCCCAGGCCUCCAGCCUGCGUACAUCAUUAAAGUCAAUGUCGGUCAAGGCAAUCCCGUAGGCGACGUUUAUACGGGAUCUAGCUUUGUACAUUACAACACUCCAACUGGUUCUAUCACUACCGUUGAUGGUUUCGAGCCUAAAAUUGAGGCCGAUGUGGUCUUUGGAGGCGAUUGGUUGUACUUCGACCCUGAUAAGGAACGUGCUCGGAUUAACGUGAAGGCGGUUGCAAAGAUGUAUGCUGACGAAUGCAUUCAUGUGUAUUCAGAACUGCUGAUGGAACGUGGUAUUGCUAAGGUCAACGAUGAAAUCAGAAAGAUUUUUGCAGGCCACCCAGAUGCUCGGACAAUUCCUUUUGGGCAAUCCACCACCAUCCACACUUUCGAGGUCGGAAACCCAGAAUACAGUGAUCUACAAAACUCUUCAUGGGCUGGAAACGGUCGAUUCGUUCUAGCUGAUGGCAAGUUGACCGUGGAGUCACGAGUGUCCAAGGUUGUACCGAGCACAGAUAUGGACUAA